AAAAAAAUAAACUUUUUAAACAUUUUCAUUUUUUUGGAUCCUAUAAUCUUCCAAUUUUUGUUCCAUCGGACUUCCAAUUUCCUUUUCAGCGGUAAAUCGUGUCUGGAACAGAAACGCCUGCAGCAGCCGCAGGACGGUAUUCCUUCACAAAAGCGAUUGCAAGUUCCUAGAAUUUAAUAAAAAUUUACAUUUCUUUAAUGAUUUAAAUAACCGUCCAAGUGACAAAUUUGUCAUGCACCUCCAUGUUGUGAGUAAUACCAUUCGUCUCAAUCACAUGGCAUCCAACCAUGCUAGUUGUUUUAAUACGCAAGCAUGGGUGGUUGUUACACAAUCGAGACAAACGGUGUGGGUCCAAUUUACUUGUGAAUUUUGUCACUUCAGAUUAUUUAAUCAUUAUUUUUAUUAAAUUAGUUU